AGAUGGAGGUUUGCGAGAGACUUUUGUGUUUGGCCGUGGUGUCCAGCGUUUUUGGUUUUGGCUCAGUUUUGGGGAAAUACGUCAGAGGUAUAGUUAAUACCAAAGAGGACUGGGUCUUCCUAACUCGAUUCUGUUUCCUCACUGACUUUGGGCGUCUAGACUUCCGGUUCCGCUACGCAAAGUCACGCUGCUGUCAGAACAUAUUGCUCUACUUUGAUGACAGCACUCAGUGGCCAGCUGUGUACAAGAGGGCGGAUAAGAACUGCUACCAGAAGGAGGCAGUGUUGAGGCCAGAGAACAACCAGGUCAUCAACCUGACCACCCGCUACACAUGGUCGGGCUGUGUGGUGGAAGGAGAGGGAAAUGAGGAGGUGUUGAGCUGUGUGGGAGGUCGAAGUUUCAGGUCCGUGAGGGAGAGAUGGUGGUACAUCGCUCUCAGCAAGUGCGGGGGGGAUGGCUUGCAGCUGGAAUACGAGAUGAAGCUGACUAACGGCCAGUCGUUCUGGACCCAGCAUUUCUCUGCAGAUGAGUUUGGGAUUCUAGAGACUGACAUCACCUUCCUGGUCAUCUUCAGCGCUGUCUUUCUCCUCUCCUGCUACUUUGCCUAUAAUCUGAAAGGACGGCAGCUUCUCCAUACAACCUAUAAGAUGUUUAUGACUGCGGCAGGUGUAGAGGUGUGCAGCCUGAUGUUUCACUGUAUCUACUGGGGCCUGUAUGCCAGAGAUGGGGUAGGCAAUGGCAGUCUGAAGAUACUGGGGAAGUUACUGUUCUCUGUCAGUUUCCUAGUGUUCCUACUGAUGCUGGUUCUUCUGGGAAAAGGCUUCACUGUCACCAGGGCAAGGAUCAGCCACAGCGGAUCAGUCAAGCUGUCCAUCUACAUGACGGUCUACACCAUCACUUACGUCAUCCUCUUCAUCUACGAAGCCGAGUUCUUUGACCCAGGCGAGGUGCUGUAUGCGUACGACAGUCCAGCAGGGUACGGGUUGAUGGGUCUGCAGCUGCUGGCCUACGUGUGGUUCUGCUACGCGGUUCUGGUCUCUCUCAAACACUACCCCGAGAAACAGCCUUUCUACAUCCCCUUCUUCACUGCAUACACCCUCUGGUUUUUCGCAGUGCCAGUCAUGGCUUUGAUUGCCAACUUUGGCAUACCUCGAUGGGCUAGGGAGAAGAUUGUCAAUGGCAUCCAGCUUGGCAUCCACCUCUACGCCCACAUUGUGUUCCUGGCUAUCACUCGGCCCUCAGCAGCCAAUAAGAACUUUCCGUAUCACGUGAGGACGUCCCAGAUAGGCAUCCUUCUGUCCAGUCCGAAAGCGGGGGUGCCUGGAGAAAGCUUCCCCCACCAUGCCUACGGCAACAGCUCCUUUCUGGGCGACUCCCAGCCCAACUUCACUGAGCUGUUCUCCAUCCAGUCGGGCCCAGUGAAGACAGUAGACGAGACGGUGCCCCGGAAGGGACAAGAGGUGCCGAGGAACAGCGAGCAAAAGAUCAUCACCACCACAGCCGAUCUGACGUCUGCGCUCCCCCCGUCCCUGCCCCCUGUGCCCCCCCGCCUCUCUUCCCACUCCCCCCCUCCCCCCCCACGACUCCCCUCCUUUACCGAGUACUUCAGCAUGCAGGGUGGGCUCGGGGUGGGGUCGAAGGCAUGAUAUGGACCAAUAGGAAAGGAGGGUUGACAGGGAGAGAGGGCUGAUAUAGAAGGAAGUGUUAGGUGGGGGGGAAGAGUAUCGUGAGAAAAGAAAAAGAGUAACAGUGGGUGAGGAACAAGAUAUGAGUUAGAGUGCUAUGGCUGUAAAAAAAAGAAAUAUAUAUAAAAAAUAAAAACAAGAAGCAAUAAAUAUUGAUGCAGACCUGAGUGAGGCACAGGGGGAGAUGACAAAGUGGGCGUAGACUGAGCAAUAGAGUGAUAGGAGUGCACAAGGGGACUGAACAAAACUCUUAUGAACAUUUUCAUUUAAGAAUUUAUAAGGCAUUGCUGGAAGAGCCAAGCGGUAAGUGUAAAUAGCCGAAGCGAGAGAGCAGUACUUGUACUUUAAGUAGUUGCAAAUAUUUCUAUUGCGCAAAGGGAUGUUUUUUUCACAUUGUUGAAUUCCAAGUGGUGCUGUGACCAUUGAAAUUCUGCUGCCACUACACUGUACCAGAGUAUUCACUCCCUUCAUGCGAAGUAAAACUACUUUUUUAUGUUUGACAUAUUUUGAUAACGCAUAGAUAUUUACUCCCUAUAUAGAAUAUGUUAGGUCUGUUUAUAUACUCAUCGGGUUAGACAGGAUUGAUAUGCCGACGUUUAAGUGUACAAUGUCAAGUUUACUGUGGACAUCUCUGAGGUAGUAAAACAAGCAUGUUUGUACUGUACCCACCUGUUUUACACUAGGAAUACUGCACUUCAUGUUACCAUACAAUGUGUGCACUUGUGUGUAUUAACACCACUUUUGUACCACAUACUUACUGUAUGUACAGAACAAACAAUACCUGGCGAAAAAUCACCAACAAUUUGGGGAAAAUCUAUUGUUACAACUCUGCUUUCAUUUGUUGAUGAUUUGAACCGCACAUUACCCAUCUCAGUUGAACUGAAAACUGUACAGUUUCAACAGUUUUUUGUUAUGACAACAAACUGUU